GAUGGCCUUCACCCACCAUUCGUUCCCGGCGGCCGAGCGCAAGGUUCCGGCCUGCAUGCAUCCCAUGGACACGCUCGGUGACGCGCUGCUCAAGUACUUCCUGGCGGCCAAGCUGUACGGCUGCAUCCACCCGCUGUGUCCGCGCUCACUGCACGAUGCGCGAUCACGCAUCGACUCCAACUACUCGCUCGGCCUCAUUGCCACCCGCCACGGCUGGCAGCGGUUGCUGCGAUCGGGGUCGGCGACACUCAGCGACACCAUCGUCAACUACGUGCGCAGCCUCGAAAACGCGGACUACCCCGGCGACGAGUCAAAGGUUCCGCCCAAGCCGCUGGCCGACACCUGCGAGGCGCUGAUCGGCGCUGUUUACUUGGAUUCGAACCUGGACCUGGGCGCCACGUGGCACGCGGUGUACCCCUUGCUGCAGCCGCACGUGGACCACGAGAUCGCAGCAGUCGCCGCAAAUUCGGCGCUGUAUUUCUUCUGAAAAUACACAAUGAGUGCUCUCAGGUCA